CCUCCUGCUCUCGCUCCUCCUGCUCGUUCCCAAGUUUUCCCCCGGCGUCGGCGGGAGGACGGGCGGGAGCUGCAGCGUGGAUCGCAGCGUCGAUCGCAGCGUUGGCGAUGGGUCGGGGGAGGUCCCCGCGCCCCCCGUGCUCCCUGGCGCUGCGGUGGCUGCUGAUGACGACCCUUGCGUCGGCCGUAUCCUCUUCCUGGAUUCCUCAAUCGAGGCCGAUCCCGUCUGAAGCGGAUUUCUGCGGGAUGCGGGAGUAUUUUGCCAAUGACCAUUGUUGUCUCCUCUGCCCGGCCGGGACUCACGUGGCUGACUUCUGCCAACUGCCCCGCACUCUAGGACGCUGCGAGCCCUGCAGACCCGGCGAAUUCACCGCCCACCCCAACGGCCUCUACGCCUGCCGGCCCUGCAAACAGUGCCAUCCUGAGGACAAGGUGACGGUGGCGCCCUGUACCAGAUUCAGCGACACCCGGUGCCAGUGUAAGCCGAACCAUUACUGCGAGCUUCCGGCCUGCGAGGUGUGCCUCCCUUGUAGACGCAGCUGCCCUCCCGGAGAGGUGGUGCUCCAUAAAUGCAGCCAGACAGCUGACACAGAGUGCGGCCCACCCAGGGCAGCAGGCCACACGACCUACUCCAUCUGGUCUGUCUUGGGCGUCGUCGCGAUCGUGGUCGUCGUGGUCCUGCUGAUCGGGACCGUUGCGUUCUUCUUGACGUCCCGGUGUCGAAGCCAGCUGGGGAGAGGAAAUGCUGACCAGAAGGAACCGAUGAUACCAAAUGCAAAAAUGAGCCUCCUUUCAAAAAUUAAGGAAGUUGGUCUAGAAGAAUUCUUUCAGUCAAGUUUAUCAGAAACGGAACAGAAUAAAAUCUAUUAUUUGUUCGCCUCCAAAGUCCCUCCCGAGAAGUGGAAGCAGUUUAUGUAUUACCUGGGCCUGGAGGACAAUGAGAUCCACAGCGUGAUGCUGUUCCACGGGGACUCCCCGGACGAUGAGCAUUUCGAGAUGCUCCGCAAAUGGAACUAUAAAUUAGGGAAGGAGGCCACCGUUUUUAAGGCCCUGGAAACCUUAGUCGAAAUGGGCUUAGGAAAAUCGGUCGACACCAUCCUCAGCGCAUUAAGGAAGAUGCAACUCGGCGGCGGGCGCCCAUCUCACACCGAACCGGCUGGGCCCGAACUCUACCUUUCCAGCUCCGCGAGCGGGGACCGUGGCCCCGGGGUCUGCUGAACCGGACCACCGACCCCGGGACCGAAUCCCGCGCGGGCUGGCCCGGGCUCGCCGGGGCUAGUCCGACGCGGCUGAUCCGGGAUCGCCCUCCCCUUUCAGAUGCGUCCGACCCCUGCUCUCCCCCCCGCUGGAUGCUCCGGCUCUCCCAGGAGAGGCCUUCCCCCAAUGGAUCCCAUUUACUGAGUGCUUACUCUAGGCAGGGCACCGGUAUUUGGGAACACCGGGUCCUCUGAGCUCAAGAGGCAGCAGGACGCGGUGGAUAGGUCGUUGGCCCGGGAGUCAGAAGGUCGUGGGUUCGAAUUCCGGCCCCCUCACCUGUCUGCUCUGUGACCUCGGCCUCUCCGGGCCUCCGUUCCC